AACCAUGCAAAUCUCAUGGAACCUUAUCAAAUUAAGCUUAAUGCCUAUUUAAUACGGUCGUGUGGGCCUCUCAGCCUAACAAAGUCCAAUAAUAUAUUAAGGGGUAGACAACGGAGAUUACCCUCACAAUCGUGUGGGAUUUCCUACACUUAUAUCAUGG